AUGGCGCAUAAGGUUGGCGUUUUGGACAUAACAUCACCCGAAUUCGAUGUGGAUGCUUAUCUGAGCUCGCAGCUCAAAGAGAAAAGCUUGGAUGAAUUGGUUAAGGAGGAAGAAGAAAUGGUUGCAUCAGUGCGGCGCCUUGAUUCUGAUGUCCAUCAGCUAGUCUAUGAGAACUACAACAAGUUUUUGACUGCCACGAGUACUGUGCGGAAGAUCCAA